AUGGCAAACAAGCAAGAGUCCAGCCACAAAGUUGCGGUUGUAGUGCGAUCAGGCUCCGGCUUCACUUUCGAAAUCCGAUCGACGACAAUCCCAUCACUCCGCCCUUGGGAAGUUCUCGUGAAGGUCUCCGUCACCGGCGUAUGUGGCACCGACUUAUCGCUCGCGGCCGGUCAUCUUGGCCCAUGCCGUGAUGUCCUCGGCCAUGAAGGCGUUGGCUGCGUAGUGCAGGUCGGCCCCGGCGUAGACCCGACUACUAUCAAAGCUGGCGACCGAGUCGGCAUUGCGUGGGUCCGUGACGUCUGUGGCCAGUGCCCUUGUUGCCGCCAUCCUGGGGGUGAAACUCGGUGCCUAGAGCAGCAGAAUUCGGGCCGCAAGUGGGAUGGGACCUUUGCCGAGUACUGCGUCGUGCCUAGCCGCUAUGUCUUAAAGAUCCCAAACGACCCUAACCUGCCAGAUGAGUUAGUUGCGCCUAUCCUAUGCGGUGGAGUCACUGCGUAUAAGGCCUUGAAGAUUUGUAGGGCUGUGCCGGGGGAAUGGGUCGCGAUUAUAGGUGCAGGCGGUGGUGUCGGGGGACUGGCAGUCCAGUAUGCCAAGUCAAUGGGCUAUCGCGUGGCUGCAAUUGACAUUGGGCCCGCCAAGGACCUCUGUCUUGCGAUGGGAGCGGAAGUAUACUUCGACGCAUCUGAUCCAGAACUGGCAGCGACUCUAAGGAAGCUGACUCCGGAUGAGGCCGGAGCAAGUGCAGUCAUCGUCACGGCAGGAUCCGGGAAAGCUUAUCAGUGCGCGCUUGAUAUCCUCGCGGUCCUUGGUACGCUAGUCUGUGUAGGUAUACCUCCACUAGACCAAGCCAUGAACUUGCACCCCCUCAUGGUCAUCGAUAGAGGUAUCACAGUUGUUGGUACACUGGUGGGCACGCGAACUGAAACGUUGGAGGCUCUCGAGUUUGUUAGGAGAGGGGUUGUGAAGCCAAAAGUGAACUUGCUGGGCUUCGAGGAACUCGAUCAGGCUGCCAAAAAGUCUGCCGCUAAUACCGGCAAGGUUGUGCUCAAGUUUUGA